UCUAUUCGGGUUGCAACACUGCAAUUCGGUGGCGUCAUUUAGCGGGCUCGUUCAGGCCUUUGACAACUCAGGGGGAGGGGGGGCGUCGCAUCUGCACGUGUUGUUGUUUCUACGGCUUACAGAUAGAAAUCACGUCACCAAGUCAAAUUUGCGAUCAUCAGUUCCAAUUUUGAGUAGUUUAAUAUUAAAUCAAACAGAAAGAUAAUGAUCUGUGUUCUCUCGUCUGAUUUCUUACAACACUACAAUUUUUAAGCGAGUUAUGAAUGUUUUUAAAUAUCAUAUACUCAUAACUUAUUAAUUAUAAUAUUGCAGCUAUCGACACAGAGUUAAUACUGCUGAAUGUAAGUUUCGAUAUGAUAAACCUAUAUGUUAGUAGAGAUGACACGUCAUGCGGGGCUGUGAUGUCCCCUCAAUAACUUUGCUUGGAAAACGUUAAAAAGAAUCGAGUAACGUAAAAUGACGCCACUGCGCAGCGUUAUAAUAUAAUAAUAUUAUUUUACAUUGAUCGUGAAGCGACACGCAAUACGAAUCGAAAAAAUAAGUGACAACGGAUGCAUAAUUCAAUAUUAUUAUUGUUUUAUACGAUUGACACGCAUACGACACGAAUCGACAUCAUACGUCAUACCCAGAUAUCAACCGUAGGCUAGAUAAUAUUUACACGUAUACAUGUUACUAUAACUAUUGUUCUGUUUGCACAAGUGGCUUCUUUAUCGGAGGUUUUUUUUUGUAUAUGAUAUUUAAUGGGAACCGCCGCCGCCGCUUCCGCCGCUUAUAUACUAUUCCACUCAUUUGUACGGCAGUGACAGCGGCGUAGCAGCCGUGUUGGUCCUAUAAUAUACUAAUAUUCAAUACAAUUUGUAUCUACUUAGUACUUAAUAUUAUUAUAAUAUUAAAAUAAAUCGAUAUGUUCUUUUAUCAUUAUGGUCUUAUCAUUAAGUAGAGAUAGUCCGAGGGCAAAGGUCUUUAGGAACUUGAUUCGUAAUAUUCGUAAUCUUUUCAUAUAUUUAAUAGUAUUAAGAUAGACGUGUGUACCGACGGAGUUUGUCGAAUAAAAAAAGAUAAAAUUAAUAACCGGUCAAGUAUAGACGUCGAAAAUACCGUUGGUUUUCAACGAUCGUGAUUUCGAAUAUUAUACUGAGUUAUUAAAUACAUUCACUGUAGUAUCAAGACACAACAUUGGCAUCAAAUUUUAGCUGUUGACUACGCAACUAAAAAGGUAGCUACAGACAAUGCGAUGGAGUCUGAAUCAUCACCACAGCGGCAUCUAGAAAAUGUAAAUACACCGAGCGAAAUUGACCAAGCCCCUUUGAACUCUACCACUUCCUCCGUUCCAUCAGCUAUAAUCAUCAUAAGUGAUAGUGACGAUGAAAACAAUGUUGAUGGUAACGUAGUUAUUGUCAUAGAUUCCGAUGAAGAUAAAAAUAAAAUUAAGAGGGAAUCGUUGGACAGGUAUAAUCGCCGGCUAAAAUAUAAAAUGCGAAGGGCAAUUAAUAUCCUUCUUAGAUAUAAUAGUCAUUUGUCUGAGGAAAAUAUUUCGUAUUUAGAAAACAAAAAAUAUGAAAUGAGAUGUGGAAAUAAUAAUAGGGUAGUAGAAAAUGUGGUCAAUCGGGUGUCAAGAGUUGAAUCCGAACGACCUCGGUCAGAAAAACAGAUAUUACGUGGCUUACAGACAUUAAGGCGCCGGUAUUUAGAAGCCAUUAGGGCUUCGUACGAAAUUAUAGAAAUCUGGCUACGUCACAAUGUCGAAAGUGAUUGCGAUGCGUUAACGGACUGCAUGAAAUGGGCCAGCCCAUUUAUUAUAAAUAAAAAAAAUUACAUGCCAGUAAUGACGUCACCAUAUGACGGAGAAGUCUUAUCGAAUGAUUUGGAUUCAUUUGUUAAAAAUAUCGGUUUUAGUGAUUCGGAGUCUUCGAGCGGCGAAUCUGAGAUAUCGUCGGGCCAAAAUGAACGUACAUAUGAUAUAUUAUAUUUUGAUGAUGGUGUAUUUUAUGAAAACCCAUCACUUAACCUGCAGCAUCAUACGAAUCAUACAAAAAAGAAGCCACACAACCAAAAUUUAACGCCUCAGCAGCGGUUGAAACAACGUAAGCAGCGGUUGAAACAACGUAAGCAGUGGUUGAAACGUCGUCAGCAACUACGAGAUCGUUUUAAGAUCAGUCGACUAGAACCGGGCUCUUUGGCCGGGCCAGACGACGUGUGUGUGUCAGAUGGGCAAACACGACAUCAACCCUCGCCACGCAUUGAUGCCAUUACCCCCGCACUGGACGAUCAAGAAUCUUGUAUUAAUGAUGAGCUACCCUGCCGAUGUAAUAAUAGACAGAUAGUAGAAACCAACAGUUUGUCGUCCGAGACUGCGACGUCAUCGUCUCACGCAAUCACGAACGACCUGUUGACGACGCCAAUAAUGCGGGUUCAGCGCCGUAGUCGCAGUCGCACCCGUAACCACAGUACGCCGCGGCGAUUGUGCACAGUGUCGCCGCCCAUCAGUCGCGCGCACAUCAAACCCCCAGAGCAGAUGCGGGAGAAGUCGAGAUCACCACUACAUGCGCCGGGGUCACCCACUCUUCCAUUAGUACCCACAAUCCCUCGCCUAUCACCGUCGCAUCUGCCGCGUUCACCCUCCACCGACACCACUACCACCACCGAUAUUGGCGCUAGUACCGUAACUACAACGACCACCGGGCGACCUCAUUUGUCACAGUCACCACCAGAAGCGCUCGGGUCCACCCUGCAGCGGGUAUUAACUGACGACGACGACGGCGCUAGCGCUACGCUUUCGCAAGUCGCACUCACAUUACUUGAACUUUCCGAACAGUAGCCGAAGUCCAACUACGCCGUCAACACGUCUUGUGUGGUUGACAAUCAAACUUUUCAGACAACCGCUACAUCUACCACUCCGACCGCCGCCACCGCCGCCGAGUCAAUGUCAACCGGAAAUGUGUUGGCCAGCUCGGUGGCGGUGGUGGCCUUGCAAGGAAUCCGGCGACAUGACAACUAUAAAGAAAAUAACGCCAAAAUUAUUGAACAUUUAUGGCGAAUAAACCCGAUAUUUUUCGAGCUUCAGACAUCGGCCAAAGAAGCAAUAGCGGACGGGACAUGGGUUUACGAAAAUGAACUGUAAAUAUUAAACAAUAUGUAUCUUAACUAUAAGUAAUCUAUAUGUGUGUUAGAUGUAGUUUUGUAAAUUUUUUUUUUUUUGUGUAUGGAGAACGUAUCGUUUUUCUCGAGAUUUAACGGAGUAAUAUUAUUCCCGUGUACGUACUAUUUAUCAUCAGUUAGAUUUGCUAGAUCUUAGUAUUUAUUCUCUCGGAUACAAAAAUAGUUUAUAUCAAUAUAAAUAAGAUAAUAUUUAAUUUAAAUAGCAAUACGAUAUUUUAUGGUAGUUAUAAAAAAAUCGAAAAAUGCACCAACUACGCAGGAUAUUAAUUGUUGUCGUUAAGUUUACUUUUUAUUUAUAUUUGUUUUAUGUUUACGUUCAAUUGGCUUAUGAUUUUAAUGAUUGAAUUAAUUUUAAGAGUUGUGUAUCCACUGUCUCGUGUAUAGACGUCAUCACAUACAUUGUAAGGUAUUCGUUCGGGACAACUGGUAGUGGCAAAUGGCCAGUGUCCAAGACGCGCAUGUCAGACGCCUUCGUUACUCGUACAUCGUUAAGCUUAAGUUAUACUAAAGACUGUGUUUACUAUUUAACCAAAAAAAAAAAAUCGGUUUAAGUAGUAGACUGGGGGUGGGUUUAUUGUGGCCGUUUUCAAAAAUUAAUUUAUUAUACAAUGUAUAAUACUUAAUAUAAUUUGAAUGGGUUCUAUUGCUAUUAUACCAUUUGGUAUUUUGGCAAAUUUUUAUCGACAUUGAAAAACAUAAAAUAUGUUGCACACGAGUGGUGUGAUUGACGUGCUUCGAGCCAGUAUUACAGUCAAGCCGUCAUCGCGUUCUCGUGGCAAACAAUCGCAAAAAAAUUUAAAAAAAUUUAUAAAAUCUAAAAAAAAAAAUUAUUAUUUAAACGUUUUGAUUAGUUUUUAAGUCCGUUCUAUUUUACGUUGCGUGUGUUCAAUGCGUAACGUAUAAGUUUCAAUUUCAAACACAUGCCAUUAAACAGCAUUUAUACCAUUUGGGUAUUUAGGCAGAGGUGCAUCUACUAAAUAAUAGUAAACACGAGCGGUCGUGCGCCGGUGAUUAUGGCUGCGUGGCGAGCCUCGAGCCUGUGCCCCGGUCCAGACGUCACCGCGUUCUCGUGGCGAACGUUCGUAAAAAAAUCGAAAAAAUUAAAAAUUCUAAAAAAAAAUCAUAGAAGGAAUGUUUGUUGUUAUUGUUUUAGUUUGGUUUAUUUUACAUUGCGUGUUUUUUUAAUGCGCAACGUUUCAGUUUCUGUCUCCAGCACUUGCAGUAGUCACAAAAUAUUCUGUUAGACAUUAUAAUAAUGUAAUCUAUAUUGUUUACGGUAUAUAUUUAAAAUUAUGAGUAUUAAUCUUUAUUAGGAUUAUAAUAUUAUGGCCUAUGAUGAUAUUGGACGCCGACGUACACUUCUGAGGCAAUAUUAUAAUAUAUUAUGUAGGUCAGAAGUUUUAUUUAUUUUAUUGUUUACUCGUUUAGUAAUUUCUUAAUAAAAGUUUUAUGCGUUACUAUAUUAUAAUAAUAAGAACAGACAAAAUGCUUUACAUCUAAGUAUAUUUUUGUAUUAUCGAUAUAAGUCCGACGAAAUAAUCAACAAACGCCCCACCGCCGCACAAUUCUGCUACUGCAUGCGACCGUCCGCGUACUGGUGGGGUGGUUCAAAUCGUAGUCUGUAACAAUGUUUACAAAUAUUAGUACCUAAACUUUUACAGAAAACAUCAUCCAUAUGUGUCGAUUCGUAUUGUAUGCGUGUAUAAUUAUAGUAGAUCUCAUUAUAUAGUACACAAUAUUGUAUCGAGUUUUGUUUUUUUUUAUUGUAAUUUUUUUUUUAAGUACUGUCCCACCUUAUUCACCUCACGACAAAAAUUUUAAUAUACUAUACUAAAUGUUCUCAAAAUUGGCUCGCAAUUGGCUCACAAUCAAAUGCAUAUAUUUUUUUUAUAUUAUAUAAAUAUUUUUCUACAUAUUACAAUAUAUUAUAUUUUUAUACCGUGUGCCUAUUAUUUUCGUUUUGAAUUUUUAGUUUUCAUUAUUGCGUGACGAUUCUGUCCGUAAGAAGCGCUUCACGUAAUGGCAAAAUAAUAUAUAUUAAUGAUAAACGAUCAACGCGUGUAUAAAAUGUGUGUUCGCGUGCGCGCGCUAUUGUG